UAAUACUACACUAAAAAUGUUAGAAAGAUUUAUUACGUUUUAUUUUUGAAGAAAUGUUUGAAUGUCCUAACGGCACCAUUAAAUGUCCUGGAAGUUAUUGUAUACCACGCCGGUUUCUAUGCGAUGGGCAAUUUCAAUGUCCUGGAAAACAGGAUGAAGAAGAUUGUGGUUGUUUGAAGGAGGAAAAUGAGGUUAUCAUUCUUCUAAGUGAAAACUUUCUCACUGAUAACACUGAAGUUAUUCAUGGAUUUGCUAGACAACUUAGUAACGGUGUCAACAUUGUCAGGUUGCUAAGCUACACAUCGUCUAUCCCAUUAAUUGGCUUUGGUAUAGAAACAAAUCUGUUGAAGAUAAACGACAAACAAAUUCACGCAUUUACAAAAGUUGACAAUGACGAAGCUUGCCAGUAUAAAAUCAUGGCUGAUGCUUUGUUGAGUUCAAUUAAAUAUUCCGAUACAAAUAAACAAGGGUUUAUAUUCUUCGAAACCGAUAGUGAUGCUGAAGGAAUUGCAAAGUCAUUAUUUUUAUUGAAUGAGGGGACCAAUUCGUCAAAUAUUCAUAAAUACCGUAUCCUGAAAACAUCAAAUAGUCUGACAGAAUUCAAGAGCAAAUUCGAUAAUGUAGCUGAUAUUGCUGUUCCCAGGUGGAACGUGAUAAAAUUUAUUGGAGCCUCCUACUUUCCAGAAUUAUGCAAAGUCGCUGCAACAGGGUAUUGUUCAAAUGGAUUUAAGUGUUCUUCGAGCAAGAUUUGUGUACCCUUGAAUCAGAUUUGUGACGGACAAAGACAUUGUCCCUAUGGCGACGACGAACUCCUUUGUGAUUUCAAGUGCCCACAAAACUGUACCUGUGUCGGUUGGACAGCUGACUGUCGGGAGAGCGAUUUCGAUAUGGAAAAACUUAGCAUGUUGCCUUAUCAUACGCGAUAUUUAGAUCUCAGUUAUAAUAAGAAUGUUAGUGAAAUCUUAGAGGAUUCGUAUUUAUCCAUGAACCAACUUGUAAGAUUGAACUUGUCAUACUCUGGUUUAAUGGAACUAUCAGGAAAAGCGUUCACUAAUAUUUACAAUCUUAAGACACUUGAUUUAAGUUAUAAUCUUUUUAGAAUUAUUCGCAGAAAGGUAUUUCACGUUUUGCUACAUUUGACAUCUUUGCAUUUACAUGGCUGUUCUGAAAUAACCACAAUAGAAGAGGGUGCGUUCGAAGGUCUUAUUAACAUACGGAGUAUACAAUUAAAAGGUACAAAGAUAACCAAAAUAUCCGCUUAUACCUUUUCUGGUUUAUAUCUCAAACAUCUAGACAUUUCGAGUAGCAAGAUCGCAGAAAUUGCCGAUUUCGCCUUCGAUGAUCUUUCUGUUGAGGAAAUCGACUUUAGUAACAACGACAUCAAACAUUUAAAUAGAAAGAUAUUUGCCGGUGUUCGUGAUUUGAAAGAAUUGAAGGCUUCUGCCUACAAAUUUUGCUGCAUCAGGCCAACAUACCUACUUGAAGACGAUUGUUACCCAAGGAAAGACGAGUUCUCGUCCUGUGAAGAUUUAAUGCGAUUGUCAGGUUUGCAGACGAUGCUUUGGUUGGUUGGUUUUUCCGCUCUGAUCGGUAACUUCUUCUCUAUCCUGUAUAGACUUGUAUAUGACAGAGAGCGGCUGAAAAUAGCAUAUGGAAUUUUCGUAACGAAUUUGGCUGCAGCAGAUUUUCUGAUGGGAAUUUACCUUAUCAUCAUCGCUAUUGCAGAUGCUGUUUACAGAAAGCGGUACAUAUACGAGGACGAGAACUGGAGGGGAAGUGGAUGGUGCACAUUUGCUGGUGUCCUUUCCACAGUUUCAUCUGAAGCCAGUGUCCUUUUUCUUUGCCUAAUUACACUUGACAGACUUUUAGUUAUAAAAUUUCCUUUCGGUCAAAUUAGAUUUGAUUUGCUUAAGGCACAAUCAUGCUCGAUUUUUGCAUGGAUUUUUGCAUUUGUUAUAGCUCUGAUACCAGUUGUUUACGAAGGCUAUUUUCAAAAUCAAUUUUACUCCAGAUCUGGGGUUUGCAUUGCUCUACCAUUGACGAGAGAUCGAUCGCCUGGCUGGAUUUAUUCCAUAUCAAUUUUUGUUGGUUUAAAUUUCAUUACGUUUACGCUGGUUGCAUUUGGUCAGAUCUCCAUUUUCAUGGAGGUUAAGAAAUCAAGUUCAAGUAUGCAGAAAAUGCACUCUGGAAGGAGGAUGGAUUUGAUUGUUGCAAGAAAUCUUCUUCUCGUCGUUACCACGGACUUUUUGUGUUGGUUUCCAAUUGGUGUUAUGGGUAUGAUGGCACUGGAUGGUCACGUGAUCUCGGGUGAUGUUUAUGCAUGGUCGGCCGUGUUUAUUUUACCAAUCAACUCUGCCCUGAAUCCAAUAUUGUAUACAGUGAGUGCCAUUUUAGGAAAAUCGGUAAUUACUUUUUUUCUUCCUCCUUUAUUAACUUUUGCAAUUAGUGCGCUUUACUUUUAA